AAAGCUCGAUAAUAAUUUAAUAAAAUGUCCCAAAAAGAAGAAAUAUUUUCUAUGCGUCUGGUUAUAGCAGAUUUUUAUAUGGAGAAGCCUGUGUUUGGCUUAGAUGCAUGUUACUCAGAAUUUCGCGGGAAACAAAUAAAACGAGUGCCCGUAAUAAGAAUAUUCGGCUCAACAGCUCAGGGUCACAAAUGUUGCAUGCAUGUACAUGGUGUUUUCCCUUACUUUUAUAUACCCUACGAACAGAAGGAAUUCGAUUCGAUAAGUAAAGCCGUUUACCAAAUCGCUAUGAACAUAGACAAAGCCAUUAAUAUUUCAUUGGGUCAAGGAAGUUCAGAGACUCAGCAUGUUUUUAAAGUGCAGCUAGUGAAGGGAAUACCCUUUUACGGCUACCAUCGCAAAGAACACUAUUUUUUAAAAAUAUAUAUGUAUAAUCCACGUUUUGUACGAAGAGCAGCUGGCAUGCUACAGAAUGGUGUCAUUUUGAAUAAGGUAUUUCAACCCCACGAAUCUCAUGUUCCCUAUAUACUACAGUUUAUGAUUGAUUACAAUUUGUAUGGAAUGAGUUUUAUUCAUACGCCAUUCGACAUAGUAAAAUUUAGACGUGCUACUGACGCGGAUGUAAUACCUUUUAAGGAUUUAUCAGAUAUCCAAAUUUUAAACUGCCAUACUGUCAAGAAAUUGACGAAUUGUGCUCUGGAGGUGGACAUCUUGGCAAUUUUUAUAUUAAAUCGUUUUCAAUUGUUAUACAAAUCUAGUGGCAGCAAGCAUACUAAUCCAGGUAUAGAAUCCAUAUGGCAUGAUGAAAAAAUGAGAAGGCAAGAAACGUUUGAGAGGUGCGAACAUGAGCAGAAAGAGAUACCACCUCUCGAAAUACCUCCUCCACAGCAUAGACCACUUGUGAAGAUUACAGAAAAUGAAGAAUUCUAUCGCACUGCUCUGUUAAGUAAAUUAAUGUCAAGCAGUUCAAUUUGUUCUAGCGGUAGCACGUUAGCAGAUCAAACUUUAAAUUCCGUUUUGAUCAAUAAUACAGCAGUUGGUAUCAAUAGUGAUAAACGUAAAUUUAAUCUUUCUAAAUUAGUGCAAAAUUCUGUAUAUCCCGAAGAAUGCACUCAGCCUGAUAAUAUAAUUAAUGCUUCCUUUGUGGAGAAUCACUUAAGUAACCAUAACACGUUUGAAGAACGUCUAACUGCAAAUAAUUUAAAGAAACUUCAUACGGUUGACGAAGAAGAAGAAGAAAAUGUUAACUUAGAUGACACGGUUAUCGAUGAAAAAUUGGUUAUGAAUUUAACACAAAAUUCUCGAAUAGCUUUUGAGGCCACUUUACGCCAAGAAGAUAUAGAAUUAUUAGACGUUUUAGAACAACUGGAGACUAGUGAUAAUAGCAAUAAAAUAGAUUUGGACAGCACUUUAGCUCCCUUAACGCAAAAUAGUUCAAAUCCUUUGAUAUCGCCACAAUCGUUGCAUAAAGAAAUAACAAACGGGAAUAAUGCUGAUACUUCAACCGAAGAAGAAGAAAAUGUACUUGACUUUUCUAUGGCUUUAGAGAGUUUCGAUGAUUUGAUUCUAAAGUUGACUCAGAGUCAAAAAAUAUCUAAUGGAGAAAAAUUACCCCAAAUUGAUGGCACGGACGAUGUGCAAGGAACUCCUAAAAAGUUAACACCUCCCCGUUUAACUCAAACACCCAAACGUAGGCGUUUAACUGUAACUUCACCUCAGCGUUCACCGCGUACCCCAAAAACAUUGCAUAAAUAUGCUCCCCUUCCUUUAAUAAUUACCAAUAUGUCAACGGGAAAAAAAGUUUUUACCAACCCGUUGAAUGAAACUACUCCAGUGAAGGAAAACUGUAAAGAAAAGGUUAACAGACCAUUACCGCGCAAGAGAUUGACAUUAACAGAAAUGCGGCGACACAGCAUAAGCGAAGGGAAUGAAGUGUUAAAAAGCGGUAACGCAAAGGACAGUGAAGUGCAAACAAGCAAAACGCCAAAUAAACACAAUGAUCUGGAAAAGACUUAUAUAACAUGUGCAUUAACACCGCGCUCAAAAAAAGAGAAAAAACUUAAGACUUAUAGUAUUGGUCAUCAAGAUAAAGAUGAAAAGAGAGAGCCUUCAAAGAAUGCAGUUAGCUGUGAAGAAAUGCAUAACGGCUUAGACGACGUAAAAUCUAAAACUCAGAAGAAGUCAUCCGCAGAUGAAAGUAAACUCGAAGGAUUUCUAAAUCAAAAAGAUAGUGAAACUACGGAUGCUACGGAUAGUGAAAUUAGUGAAAUCAUUGACUGUUCCGACGAUGAAGCAAAAACAUUUAACCGAAAGCUGUGCUUAAAAAGGUUUAAAAGAACGAAAAAUAGUGUAAGGAAUCGCAAAAAAUUGACUCGCAAUCGAUUAAUAAAAGAUGGUACUGAAGGAAAGAAAAAUUGUAAAAAAUGUUGUGUUCGUCUGAAAAGAACGAAAAUUGAUUGCCCAAAGAAAGGGCAUUCAGCAAACGAGAUAGCAAAACGUUCUCCUGAACUGUUACUCUCAACGCCGGCAACAAUUAAUUUUAGUAGCGUGAAAAAUACGGCAAAAAAACCUCUGCGAAAAUGUGGAGUAAAACUUAAGCGUUUGAGAGUAGAUCCAAACUCUUCUCAGCUUAUGCAUGAAAGAAGAAUAGAUAGGGCACAAAUGCUCAAUUCGCCUUCCUUAUCAAUAGCUGAAACUUGUAACGUAUUUUCUGCGGAUAAUGUAGACGAUGUAGACGAUGAUCCAUGUAUUAUAAGUUUUUAUGAAGAUUCAAUGCAAAGUCCUUCGCUGUUUACUCAGGACUCUAGUCCUGUAGUUAGUGAAAACAACUGCCGCCCUUCUAUAAUGCCUUUGCUAGCACUGUCGAAUAUUGCUAAGGCUCUUUUGCCGAUAUCGAGUGAUCGAGAGUCAAAUGAUUUGGUAACCAUAACACCAAUGUGCUCGCCGCCUACCAGAAAAAUGGUUUUAGAAGGCUGUGAAAAGUUACGCUUACCUGAACAUGAGUUUCAGCAACCGUUCUAUGGUAAUCCCGAUGAUAUAACAAAACACAAAGAAGUUGGUUAUACCGUUUUACAUAUUCCCGGCAAUAAAUUAAAUGAUCUUAAAGAAUUUCAAAGUGUUUUGGAAACUGAUAAUAUCAUGGGCAUAACAGCGUGGAGACGUAAUAAAUUGCAUGAAAUCGGAGGUAUGGAAAUGUUGAACAAAUAUCGUACUUCACCUCAAAUCCGUGAAUAUUGCGCGAAUCAGAAAGCGUUAACUAUAACACCUCAACUGAUGGCACCAACUAAACAUGAAGUGAGAUUAUGGCUGAAGGCGAGAGAGUUCUUGAAAGGCAAAGAAGAUGCCGCGACCGUUAAAGUGGAUGACAUAGACAGCCCAAUUAAAAUACGACGCCAAAAAAUUACAAUGAUAUUUAAAGCUGAUGAGGGAAAUGAGGCAAGCGAAGACAGCGAUAACAGUGAACAGUGUACAACACACAGUCUAGCCAUGACACCAUUAACGCCAGGGACACCGCUAAUUGAUGGUAAAGUAGGGAAUAAAACAGAUAGUCUACGGAAAAUUUUUACACCGGUUUCAAAUCGCACUGAGAAUAGUGAAAGCAAUAGUUCGAAAGAAUUAAAAUUGACAUCUUUAAGGAAGAGGCUCUCUUUGAGCUGCAAGCCAGAAGAAAUUUUAAACAAAAGACGGGAUAGUAUAAAUGAUGAUAGCAAUCAAGAGAUUAUGAUCAGUCAAACUACUUCCGAAUCUAGUAUUAGCAGUCAAACGAUCUUGGCUGAAUUGGAGCGUUCGUCUUUUAGACGUGAGAUUCAGAAAGAAAAUCUGCAGAGCCAGAACGACUGUGCAGAUUUAAGUAAUAGUUAUGGUUUUAAGGUAGCUUUGGAGAAUUUACAGCAAGCCAAAGCAGAUGUAGAGUGCACUUAUUUGACAAUUCUUACUCUCGAAGUGUUUGUGUCCACGCGUGGGGAUCUCUUCCCAAAUCCUGAAAUCGAUGCAAUUCGUUGUCUUUUCUAUGCCAUCGAAAAUAGUAUACCAAGCAAUCAACAGGAUGCCUCUAAUAAAUUACCUGGCAAAGCCUGUGGUUGCAUAAUGGUGAAAGAUGAGUGCGAUUUACUUGAACGGCAAAGCUUCAGGCACGGGUUAGAUACCGAUAUUGAAGUUACGUUAGCUGACAACGAGAUAGAAGCGUUGGAAGCUUUACUGCGUUUAUGUAACCGUUGGGAUCCUGACAUAUACGCUGGCUACGAAAUUGAAAUGUCCUCUUGGGGCUUCGUAAUUGAAAGAGCUAAAUAUUUGUGUGUUAAUAUAGCGCCUUUGCUAUCGCGUGUACCUACACAAAAGGGUCGUGAUUUCAUAGAUGAAGAUAACGAGCAAUUCACUGAUCUGGACGUUGAGAUGAAACUAUGCGGCCGUAUAUUGUUAGACGUUUGGAGGCUUAUGCGUUCUGAAAUCGCUUUGACAUCAUACACUUUCGAGAAUGUCAUGUAUCAUAUAUUACAUAAACGCUGCCCAUGGCAUAGUUAUCGUUCUUUAACUGAAUGGUUUUCUGCACCUUGUUCGAGAUGGAUUGUUCUGGAAUAUUAUCUGGAAAGAGUUAGAGGCACUUUGACUUUACUUGAUCAAUUAGAUUUAAUUGGCCGUACAAGUGAAAUGGCAAAGCUUAUUGGCAUACAAUUCUACGAGGUCUUAUCGCGUGGCUCUCAGUUUCGUGUGGAAAGCAUGAUGUUAAGAAUUGCUAAACCCAAGAAUCUAGUGGCACUGUCACCGAGUGUUCAGCAAAGAGCCCAUAUGAGAGCGCCAGAAUAUUUACCGUUAAUAAUGGAGCCAUUGUCACGUUUUUAUGCCGAUCCUUUAAUAGUAUUGGAUUUUCAAAGUUUAUAUCCUAGUGUGAUAAUAGCUUAUAAUUAUUGCUUUUCGACUUGCUUGGGUCGUGUUGAGCACAUAGGACAAUCUCUGCCUUUUGAAUUCGGAGCCUCACAAUUGCGGGUCUCACCAUCCAUGCUGCGCAAGCUACUAGAUCGUGAUCUGAUUACCAUAUCUCCUUGCGGUGCUGUUUUCGUUAAAUCAUCUGUGCGUGAAGGUAUUCUACCUCGCAUGCUUACUGAGAUUUUGGAUACUCGUCAAAUGGUGAAACAAUCAAUGAAAUUGUAUAAAUCGAGCUCGGCGUUGCAACGCGUUCUUCACUCCCGCCAAUUAGGUCUAAAAUUGAUGGCGAAUGUGACUUACGGUUAUACAGCAGCGAAUUUUAGUGGUCGUAUGCCAGCUGUCGAAGUAGGCGAUUCGGUUGUGGCCAAAGGUCGAGAAGCCCUUGAGCGAGCCAUAAAAUUGGUAGAGACUAACGAGAAAUGGAAUGUGAAAGUAGUUUACGGUGAUACCGACUCCAUGUUUGUUCUAGUGCCAGGCCGUAAUCGAGAGGAGGCUUUUCGUAUUGGCACAGAAAUUGCUGAAGCAGUGACACAAGCAAAUCCUCAUCCAGUUAAAUUGAAACUGGAAAAGGUCUAUCAACCUUGCAUAUUGCAGACAAAAAAACGUUAUGUGGGUUAUAUGUAUGAGACAGUCGAGCAAAAGGAGCCCAUUUAUGAAGCCAAAGGCAUUGAAACAGUUAGAAGAGAUGGUUGUCCGAUAGUAGCAAAGAUGUUGGAGAAGGUUUUACGUAUACUUUUCGAAACUGCCGACGUUAGUCAAGUGAAACAAUAUGUUUGCCGCCAAUUUACAAAACUAUUAUCAGGUCGUGCCAAUUUACAGGAUUUAAUAUUUGCUAAAGAAUUUCGCGGUCUCAAGGGUUAUAAACCGAAUGCUUGCGUCCCAGCUUUGGAAAUGACAAGAAAGUGGAUACAAACAGAUCCCCGACGCAUACCGCGCAGAGGUGAACGUGUACCGUUUAUUAUAAUCAAUGGACCGCCUGGUGUACCCUUAAUCCGUUUAGUACGUCAUCCGCAUGAAAUAUUAAAUGAUGACGCAUUCAAAAUUAAUGCUUUAUAUUAUAUAACGAAGGCAAUUAUUGCACCUUUAAAUAGAUGUUUGCUUCUAAUAGGAGCUGACGUUAAUGAGUGGUUUGCCGAUCUACCAAGAAAAGUCUUUUCGACGCCUGCUCUUUCCACUGCCAACGAGUUAAUUGUUCAGGAGAAUGAUAAAACAAAAAAAUCCACUAUAUCCCAGUUUUUUUCUACCAUAAAUUGUGUUUUGGAUUGCGGUCGCCAAACUAAGCAUGGCAUUUGCAUGGAAUGCGCUCGUAAUGCUCAGUACUCAGUAAGCGUUUUACAAAUGAAAAUUUCCAAAAUUGAACGUGGCUUCCUUACCACUCAACAAAUUUGUCAAUCAUGUUCUGGUCGCGUCGGUAAUAUAAAUUGUCAAAGUUUGGAUUGCCCUGUUGUGUUCGUAACUGAGGUGAAGCGACGUGAUCUGAAACAGCUUGUCACGAGAGUGAGGACACGUUUUUAUGACUUUUAAGCGAGAUGGCUAUUGAUGGCGGCAACAUGCAUUUAUGCAAUUUCUUUUCGUGAUAGCUGAAGUGACGAAGAAGAGAUGAUAAAAAUUCCAUUCCCUAAAAUCCUUUAAUCGCCAUAGCAUUAGGGUCCAAAUUUUAAACAGCUUUUCCGUCUUUUCAAUCAACCAAAUUUUCACAUUCCCCUUUCCACAAGCGCUCAUUUACAAGCAUAAGAGCAUUCGGUUCUGAUUUUAAUAGAAUUUCCGAGAACAGGUAUUUGCAAUGAUCCAGUGUCAAAAGGUAACAGAAGCGAGUUGUCGCCUUUAUGCAAAGAAGUUGAUAACAUACCGAGUUUAUUGAUUACUUGUCACCUGUGGGAACUUGGCAGUUCUGUAAGCAUUUGAAAUAAAUUGGAAAUAGUUGGCGGAACCACUAAGUUGUUACAAAUGAAAAUCGCUCGGGAAAAACUUUAUUGUAGGUAAGUAUUUUAAUAUCAACAAAAUAAUUCC